GCCGGGUCCAACGAAUCCAACACGUCCGUAUCAGCACCCUCCCCAUCCCUCUGACGCUCUCCCUUCUCGGCCGACUCCACCGCGACAAGGACGUAGAGUCACUUGCCCGCCGACGAGGACCUUUGAUUCGUUGAGGGGAAAGGGGCGGCGGGACGGGGAGGAGGAGGAGCAGGAGGGAUCGGAGAUGAACUUGUUCCGGCUCGCGGGGGACAUGACCCACCUCCUCAGCGUGGUGGUGCUCCUCCUCAAGAUCCACACCAUCAAGUCCUGCGCAGGCAUAUCUUUGAAGACGCAGGAGCUAUAUGCACUUGUUUUUGCAGCUCGGUACCUGGACUUGUUCAUUCAUUUCAUCUCUCUGUAUAACACUGUCAUGAAGCUGGUCUUCCUGGCGAGCUCUUUCUCAAUAGUUUGGUACAUGAGACGGCAUAAGAUUGUGAGGAGAACCUACGACAAGGAUCAUGACACCUUUCGCCAUUAUUUGUUAGUGUUGCCUUGUCUGGCUCUGGCUCUUCUCAUUAAUGAGAAGUUUACUUUUAGAGAGGUGAUGUGGGCAUUCUCCAUUUAUUUGGAAGCUGUCGCUAUAUUUCCUCAACUUGUGUUGCUACAGCGCACGAGGAAUAUUGACAACCUGACUGGUCAAUACGUCUUCUUCCUGGGUGCAUACCGUGUGCUUUAUAUCCUUAACUGGAUCUACCGAUACUUCACCGAGCCUCAUUUUGUUCACUGGAUAAGCUGGGUUGCUGGAAUAGUGCAAACUCUGUUGUAUGCUGACUUUUUUUACUAUUACAUAAUGAGCUGGAAGAACAAUGUGAAGCUAGAGCUUCCAGCCUGAGCUUGUUGUUUCCUUCCAAGACAGACUAGGGUAAUACUGUUUAACACAAUGGAUAGGCAGACAUGAUACAGCAUAAGCAUCGCCAUAACCCACCAGGCUAUGGCAAUGCAUUUUGGUUCCCUGGGUUUAUAUCCUUGUAUCUUUCUACUAUUAUUUGGAGAGGAAAGCCAAGGUAGCCUUGUAACUUAUAAUGUGAGCUGUGUAAGAUCAGCACCAAGUUGUGCAUUGUAAUAGUUCUUUUGGAACUUCAUGGCGGUAAUACUGCAACCCUUUUAGCGAGUGAUUCUCAUAUGAUAUCUUAUAAUCUCAUGCUGUACAA